AUGGCGGCGGCUGUCCCUGAUGGAGGCCAGGAGGCGGUGGUAGACUGGGUGCUCCCUUCAGAAGUGGAAGUCUUAGAAUCCAUCUACUUGGAUGAGCUGCAAGUGUCUAAAGGAAAUGGCAGGACCAUGCCCUGGGAAAUCUGCAUCACCCUGCAUCCAGCAACUGCUGAGGACCAGGACUCUCAGUAUGUUUGCUUUACUCUUGUGCUCACUGUACCCACUCAGUAUCCCAGUGAAGUGCCAAAGAUAGACAUCCGGAAUCCUCGAGGACUAUCAGAUGAGCAAAUCCAGAGGAUUUCUCAAACACUGCAACGUCUUGCCAAGGAACAUCUGGGUACCGCUAUUCUCUAUGAGCUAAUAGAGAAGGGAAAAGAAAUCCUCACAGACAACAAUAUCCCUCAUGGACAGUGCGUGAUUUGCCUGUAUGGCUUCCAGGAGAAUGAAGCUUUCACUAAGACUCCAUGCUACCACUACUUUCACUCGCAUUGCCUUGCCAGUUACGCAGCACAUAUGGAAGAGGAGAUCCGUGCACAGAGGAGGGAGAGAGAGCAGACUUUGACAUCUUUACCAAAAGAGGAAGUUGAAGUUCAGUGCCCAGUGUGCAGGGAGCCUCUGGCGUAUGACCUUGCAGCACUGCAAGCAGCACCACCACCUCAGCAGCCAAUGGAGGUGUACUGCCCUGAUGCAAAGACGCUGCAUCACAGAGAACAGCUGCGCCUCAUCUACCAGAAGCAGCAGGAGAAAGGUGGCAUCAUUGACCCUGAAGCAGAGAGAAACCGCUAUUUUAUCAGCCUGCGAAAGCCCCCAGCUACUACUGAAUGUGAACAUGCCGCCAUCUCAGAAGAUGUCACCAGUGCUGAGAAGCAGCUGGACCCACCAGUAGCCUCAGAACGUACUCUGGGAACCGCAAAGAUUGCAUCCGAGAGGAAUGAGUCUGAGAGACCAUCUUUCACUUUGCAUCACCAUAACAAGAGAGAGUGGACUCGAGGGGAGAGGCCAUCUUUCCGAGGCCCAAGACAGCAACUGCACUGCAAACCUGUGGCAGCCCCAGCAGAAACUUGCUGUCUCUUUACUGUUGAGGGGGAAUCCAAAGCCUUCGGUUGGAGAUCCCAUUGUAAGAAGGAAAGAGGAAACUGUGGAAGGUAUAACCAAAGCAUUCUGAAACCUUGUACCAGAGAACAAGUAUCUGCAUGCACUGCUAAAAAAGAGCUAUGUGCGGGAGGUACCUCACCAGCCAAAGAAGGAACUUACUUUAGAGAAGAGAAACUUGGUGUACAGAGAUGGACACAGAAGCAGGAACCUGAAGCCCGAGACAAAGAGGAGGACAGCCUAGAAACUAGUCAACAUGAACUCAGGAGACCCACCAGGUGGCAGAGUCAGCAUGCAGUGCAGGAUUGCAGGCCGUGGGGAAAGGCCAAAGGAAGAGAGCAUGGCUCUUAUCCUAGAAUGCCAAGAGGCCGUGGGUGGAUGAAACCCAAAUCACCUGCAGAACCACAGGUUCAACAGACCAAAGGAGGUUCCUAGCAGGACGAGGUCAGGGCUUGCAGAGUUCUAGAGAAGAAGAUUGCUGUUGUGUUGUCUAGCACUGGACUCUGAGAAAAAAGCACAGCUGGUUUGGAGUUCUCCUUUGAUUCAUGGAUGGUCUUCAUGUUGAGCAAUAACGAGCUUUCCUGAGAUCAUGAUACUGGGGAACGUGAUAAAGCAUGAUUGUGGACAAUAACUGAUGGCAUUAAUGGAUAAGUGGUAGAAUCCUGCAGCAAACCAGCUGCGCAGUGGUCUGGGUGGGAUGAGAGGAGGAUUAAAUUUCUUGGCAUGAAAUUUAAAAGUGUCGUUUUCAGCUUUGUCUUGGUUUGAGGCAUUCACAGGUCUUGCUACGUUUCUCUGCGUCAGCAGCAGUCGAUACGUGACACGGUAUGAUGGCUCUGGUGUCUCUGAAAGGGGUGAGCUCGAGGCAAUCCAUUAAAAAUCAGGUUCUGUUAAGUGUGCUGUAAAACAGGAUGGCCUUUGUUCAGUUUUAGAAAGUUGUGAACAGGCUGCUGAACACUGAGUUCUCUGUUGGCUCGCAGUAAUGAGUUGGAACUCAGUGGCAGUUGGCUUUGAAUAGUGAAGGCUGAGCACACCCAUUUUAAACAGCCAAAGGACCUUCAUCUCUCAGGGAAAAGCAAGGUCUGAGCUAGCCAGUAUCUUAGAAGCUGGAUUUAGAGGCAGAUUCUUUGCACCAAACCCCUUAGUUCCAUAUAUCAGUAUACCUGCGCUGCCAAGAAAAAAAAGCUGUAGAGACAAAAAUGAGGCUCCACUGAUCAUCCCAAAUGUGAUUGACAUCUAAGUUUUAGUUCCCUGUCACAAACCAUUUUGGACUCCUGUAGUCUCAGCACAGAACGUGGUUCAGUCUUGAUAUCUCCAAAUAUAUUUUGAUAUUUUUUGGAACUUGUGUGGACGCACACCUGGUAUGAAAAAUAUUCUGCUCACCGUUUUGUACCAAUUCAUUCUUGCUUUAUACAGUCCUGGCAACCAGCUAUUCCUGCACAAAGCCCAACCUUCCCUCACGAGUACGUUUUGCUCAGAGGAUCCGUCUGAGCCUGCUGUGUGUCUAUGUGGACCCUGUGCCAAUCCUGUGAGCCGCACUUGCUGCCCACUGUUUGCCAUUUUUGCCAGAUGUUUGGUAUAUGCAAACCACAGGGGUUUUAACUCUAGGAUAUAGGGGAAUUACCUGUUUAAGCUGGAAAAGCACGUUGUUCUCCUAUCCAUGUUUUGUCAUUUGACCUCAUGAUUUUCCUUUUGCGCGAGUUGUGCAGUGAGAUCUUGAAGUCCGGUCUGGUUGAAAGUCUCUCGCUGCUCCCAAGUUGGUCCCAGGAAGUGAGUUGGUAGAAAAUAGGCAAGGUUAUACCUCCUCCCAUGCUUCUGGCAUCCAGUGUCUGCAUUGCUGGAAUUUGCCCUGGGUAUGAGCAGUAGUAGGACAACGAGCCUUGAGAGGCAACAGCAUCUCUUGCUUCCUUCUAUACUGCCAGCUGCCAUAAAUGGUGGUACCCCCCCUGGCAGCUACUUCACUGACUUCUGCAGCGAACCAGCCCUACCUCCACAGUACUAUGGAAAAAUAGUAAUGUGUGAAUUUCUGCUAUUUAAAUCUAGAGGGUGACAGACAUAUAGAAGCCAAUGAAAGGAUUAAAUUGAUCUACUUCGCAGGGCUGUGGUGAGAUGGAAUGUGUGGUGAUGUGAUACAAAACUCAAGCAUAUUAAAAGUAAUCUGAAUAAA